AUGUCAGAAGAAUCAACAAAAAAGAAACUUAGUAGAAAAGAAAGGCAAAAACUUCGAGAGGCAACGGCAGGGCCUGGAUGGUUCGAUAUGCCAAAACCUGAAUUAACACCUGAGAUAAAACGAGAUCUUCAAAUUAUAAAAAUGAGAAAUGUUCUUGAUCCGAAACGGUUUUACAAAAAAGACAAUUCCAAAAGUCUUCCAAAAUAUUUCCAGAUUGGAACAGUUAUUGAAGGACCAACGGAGUUUUAUUCAUCACGAUUGUCACGUAAAGAAAGAAAGAAAACAAUUGUUGAUGAGCUAAUGGCAGAUGAAAAGGCCAAAAAAUACUAUAAACGCAAAUUUUUAGAAAUCCAAAAGACGAGGCAAAGUGGAGGGAAAAAGCAUUAUAAACAGCUCAGAAAGAAAAGAAGGCCGAAGUGGGAAAAAGGAUUUUAA